AUGUCAAAACCUACAUUCGAUCCCAUCAAUAAAAUUUGGAAUGGACCAAAAGUUCCACCAGUUUUUAAUCCAGAUCAAAAUAUUGGUUAUAUAAUACUCAAUAUUCUCCAACAAACUCCCGAUCUAGUCACUCAAAUAUCAGCAGACACUGGUGUGUCAGUGACUUGUCAGCAAAUGUACGAUCGAUCCAUAAAGAUUGCGAAAUAUUUGACACAAUGUGGAAUGAAGGAAGGUGACCUAAUCGGAUUUGUGACCGCUAAUACUGAAAAUCUUGCUCCUAUCGUCUUUGCAUGCUUUACGUUGGGACUUCCAAUUAAUCCACUGUCACCGAUCAUGAAUGUAAAAGACAUCGUUCAAAUGUUUUCAAUGACGAAGCCAAAAAUGAUUUUUUGUGAUGCUGAAAAUGUAAAAGUUGUGCAAAAUGCUGUGGAUGAGAUUAAAAGUGAGGCAAAAAUAUUGACUGUCAUGGAUAAAGUUGAUGGAUAUGAGUGUACAACUGAGAUUUUGAAGGAUAUGGAAGGCCAAAGAACUGAUUUUUUUCAAUUCCCAACAAUUGACUCAAAUUCAAUAGCAGCAAUUCUAUGUUCAUCAGGAUCAACAGGAUUUCCAAAAGGAGUUUGUAAAUCACACAGACAAAUACUUUCAGAUAUCGGUCUAUUUCCUUCACGAGGAGAACUCUCAAUUUGCUUCCAAGGAUCACCUAUUUUUUGGUUAAGUGGAUUUAGUAUCUUAAUAAGUGGAACUUUUUCGAAAUACAUCAGAGUCGUCACCUCAAAACCUUUCACAGCUCAAGAUUUUGUCAACAUUAUCAAUAAGUAUAGAGUCACAGUAGUUACGAUUCCACCAUACUUUUUAGUAUCACUACUUCAAAUUGAUAACCUAAAACCACUUGAAAGUAUCAAGUUCUUCACUAUUGGAGGCGCAAUCAUAUCUGAACAGUUAUGUGAAAAAUUCAAGCCUUUUAUUCCGAACGGAUUUUAUUUUAUGGGAUAUGGAUGUACAGAAGAAGAUGGUCUGGCUGUUAAUAUUACUCAAAAGAAAAUGGGAGGUGCUGGGAUGGUGUCCAAUAAUGUUCAGUUAAAAAUCGUCGACACCAAUGGAAGUAGUCUUGGUCCAAACGAAAGCGGAGAAAUUUAUUCAAAAAUUCCAGUUCACUUUUCUGGCUAUUUUGGCGAUCCAGAGAAAACAGCCGAAGCAUUUGAUGGCGAUUGGUUCAAAACUGGAGACAUCGGAUACUUUGAUGACGAUCAGUUCCUCUUUGUCACAGGCAGAACUAAGGAACUUUUAAAGUACAACAACUUUCAAGUAACGCCGUCGGAAAUUGAAGAAAUUAUCAAUGAAAUUCAAGGUGUCCAAAGCAGUUGUGUCGUUGGAGUUCCUCAAUCACAUAGUGGUAAUGACAUCAUUCAUGCUUAUGUGAUUCUGGAAGAGUCAAAAAGUCUGUCAGAAGAGUUUAUUCUCAAGUAUGUAGAUAACAAAGUCAUUGACCCGAAAAAGAUUCGCGGAGGUGUGCACAUCGUUCAGGAAUUCCCUUUGGGAGCUACUGGAAAAGUUGAUAGAAAGAAGAUCAAAGAAAUGGCUCAAAAUUUGGUUAAAUGA